UGCCGGCCGCUUCGGGAAUGGCUAAUCACCUGGGCGGGAUAAACUCCACUUUUGACCGCAUGCUGUCUACCAACGUAAUCUUGACAAAAGAGUACCCUGACAGCCAUACUAUCGACACUUUCAGCAUAUUGGCGUCACUUUAUUCAUGUCGGCGAUGUUCGUAGCCGCUGGUUGCAGACAUGCCGUACGGGCCACUUUGUUGAAGUUACCUCCAAGUGAGCUAGCACGCUUCGACUAGCCUUCAUCGUCGGCCCGGCUAGCUCAUGCCUCGUGCGGCUUGGAGCGUCCAAAAGCCUGCGACAUCACCCUCGCCACACCGGGCGUCUUUCCCACACCGCUGUUUGAUGGAAGGGUGAAGGGGGGGACGAUGUUGAGAUUCCUCCACGUUGUACUAACAGGUCUUUUAGGUGUUCUGCGGGACAGAGUCACUGCCUUCGACAGCAUCCGACUUGUAGAUGGUGAGAACAAGUGUUCCGGGCGGGUUGAGAUCCUGCGACACAACCAGUGGGGGACGGUUUGUGACCACGGCUGGGACCUAGUGGAGGCCAACGUGGUGUGCCUGGAGCUGGCCUGCGGCUUGGCGGAGUCUGCCCACCACCGAGGGUCUGGGCCUGGCAGGGGAGAAAUCUGGCUCCGGCAUGUCCAGUGUUCGGGACACGAGUCCAGUUUGAGCCGCUGUGCUGUCGUCCUCCAUAGGAGCUCCCACUGCACACAUGACAAUGACGCUGGAGUAACAUGCUCGGGUACACUUUUCAUGCCCAUCCUCUCCCUAUUGUCCCCCUACAAUGUGUUUUCUGCCGGGGAGGCAGUUCGCUUCAGCUGCAGCGUCCUCCUGGGUCACAUCAGUGACUUCCACCUGUAUAAGUACGGCCUGUCCAAACCCGUAGUGACUCACAGGGUGGACCAAAGCCAGACCCGAGUGGAGAUGACCGUGUCCGACAUUGAGACGUUCCAGCAGGGCAGCUAUAGUUGUCGCUACAUUAUCAGAGGCAGCUCGCCUUCUCAGCUGCUCGGCUCACCACCCAGCAACUCUGUCAACAUUACUGUGGUGGAGCUCCUGACUCCCCAACACUGGUACAACACGUCGUCUGACGCCCCAGCUGGUUCCGUCCUUAAGGGCCACAGUUUUAACAUCACAUGCUCUACACAGCAGGAGUACCCCGGAGGCUCCUUUCAGCUGCGGCUUAUCCGCUCCAACGGUACAGUGCGCCAGUCUCUGCCGGCCCUCGCCCCUUUCGUCACUUUCACAUUCCCCAGCGCCCAAAGCUCCAAUGAGGGCUACUACUACUGCCUGUAUCGGGUGCAGCUGGGGGGGCGGACAUUUAUCUCCAGAGAGAGCCAGGCUCUGCCCAUCGCUAUAAAAGACCCUGAUCCAGUUCUGAGUCCAGUGGUGAUCAGCUGGCUUGUUUCUGGUCUGAUAUUUGUUGUAGCUGUCAUCAUAAUCGUCAUUGUGGCCAAAGUGCUGUGCAACAAGGAAAAAAGGCCCUCUGAACUGGAGCGGGAAACCCGAUCAUGUGUGGAAAACACAUAUGUUGCCUUAUCAGUUAACAAGCUAUGAUGGUGUACGCAGGCAAACACUUGGCUGAAGUUGGCAGGGCCGAAAUUCUGGUCAUGCUGGAUUCAGGCAGCAGGAGCUGUACCACAGAACCAAAAGGUCGGAAUCCACAAAUACAACUAGUUUAGUACAGUCCGGAUCAUAACAGGUUUCUACUUGGUGUUAAUGUUGUUUUGGAUUGCAUAAAACGUUCAGAUUUCUGUUUCCAGCCAUAAAAAACAAACAUCCGAACACUUUGGGCCUUCUCUUUAGCCUGGUUCACAAAAUGGCAUUGCCAAGACAAGUUAUAGCGAACAAAUGAAAUGUCAUCCCUGCUUAUAACGCAUCCCAGUGAACAUGACAAACACGUUGUUAGUGACAAACAAGUGCACUAGUCCUGAUGACAGCAUCUGUAAGCAUCCCACAAACUGUGACAUCUAACCAUGGGAUUCCUCAGGUGUCUUCUUUAUUGUGUUGAUGUAGUUUGUUUUUUUAUGUUAUCAAAUCUACAUUUAACACACCUCUUUGUGUUCUUUACAACAAAUAAUGGUACUCAAACUUUUGUUUUAAGGAAUCAUCUUCAAGCUCCUUGAAAACUAGUCCUUUCGGGGUCUGUCUUUUUAGAUGCAAAUGAUCUCCUCCACGCCUCGUCCCCUCCAGCUGACUGAGACUGUUUCAACGCCCCAUUAGAUAUUUUUGUAGUUUUCAAGGUACAUUUUGUUGGCCUUACCAAAAAAUACAAGACAGAAUGAUGUAAGUAUGUUAGAAAAAUCUAAAUUAGAAUGGCAACAAGUACACGCUAAUGUAUUAUUACAAAUUGUCAAAACUAGUGUUAUUUGAUUUGUUUCAUUGUCCCUACAUAAAGUACUUUUUGGAAAAUACUUUUGUAUUUUGUCAGCAUAGGUUGGUAAAACCGCUCUCAAAGUGUUGUCGGCACAUUGGCAGGAAACACAAAACUUUAAGCAGGCACUUCUUACAUCUUUAGAUGAGGUUGAUGUUUUGACCCGUGCUGGUUAAUACAACCAAUAACACAAUUUUCGUUCAAACUACAAACACCCGAUGAGAAAUAAAAAUAGCGGACUUGUGAAAUCAUUUACCAGGUAUGGAGAUAUCUGCAGUUGGCAUAUGUCACAAAUUUGUGCAGAUCUCAAACAGCUCAUUUGGAAUAAGGCAACUUGUUUGACAUUUCUAUGGAUGCCAGAUACACAAAAAACAGCAAGAAAAGUGGAUUUUGCAAAAUAUAACCCUUUUAAGAUUAUUUAGUCACACUCUGGCUUCCUGCAUGCAGUAAGCACAUGACCAAAUAUUUUUUUAAUAUUUAACUUCAAACAACUUGUUAAUUCACAUAAAAAAACUUGGUGUUCUUUAAAACGACCGAUAGGGAAAAGCAAUGUGUUGGAUUGGGCCUUAAUUUGCACCCCUGCUAUGAUGAGUGGUUAGUGGCACAUAUACAGAUUUUUCCUUUUGACUUGUUUAAUUUAGGCCUGCCAGACUGGACUUUUGUUUCAACUGUUUUCAAACAAUUUCUAAAUGAAUGUAAAUCUUGCAUACCUUGCACUUCAGAUGACUUAAUGAGAGCCCUUUGUGUUCAAAGUGAAUGCUGUCUCAACUCAGUGUAAAGGCAGGCAUCUCAACAGCUGCUACUUGUGGUUUUCAACAUUUGUUAUUACUUGAUUUAUACUAAUGACAAACGCCACUGACAUGUUGUAUACUUCGGUUUUACACCUCAACUGUAUUGUUUUUCAACCAAACCCGCCUAGGAAUGAUGUUCUUGUACUUUACUGUACUAAACUUAUUAAGUCACUCAUAAUUAAAAUGCGAUUGUUGAGUUCAA